AUGCGCUUUUGGUCCAAACUAUUCAAAAGUGUGCGAAGGAAUGAAGAAGGAGAUGAUACCAUCACACCAUCCAACAUUUCCACCUCUUCUUCAUCAUCAAAAAACAAACCCAACCGAACAAAUUCUCCCUCCAUAAUUUCUAAAAAAAUUUACGAUAAUGGCGGUGGCGCUGAUGAUGAAUCGCAGGACUCUUCAAAUUCCAAUGGUGGAAAUUCCAUCGACUAUGCAAAAUUAAAUUUGGAAGAUGUUUUUGAUUUGGAGGGAAUUGAGGUGAUGUGUAGGGAGGCUGAAGAUUUGAAUUUAAUUGAAUUGUAG